AUGUUGAUGCUGUGGGCCCUGGUACUCAUGCUGAGCUUCCAGGUAGGGACACCGGACCAGCUGGAAGCAACCACCACGCUAAACACCCUGCAAGCCUUUCCCCUCUUGCCUGCACCAAACACGGCCCUAGACGUUGUAACACCGAAACCAAAGUUCAGGAAACGCUUCUCAACCAAAAAAGGCUCUCCCUCCGCAAAGAGUCCAGAUGGCACCAUAGGAGGCAGGUGCCCACCCGUGGCCAAGUACUUCCUGUCUGAGAGCAAACUCAAUGACUAUCUCAACAGCUCCCUGCCCGCAGAGAUCGAGAAGCUGUUCAAAUGUGAAGAGGUCAACCUGGCUGGUGUGCUCGGCUCAGUGCUAGCCACAGUGAGCAACACGGACCUGCUCUCUGCGUUAGACCUCGGUUCAAUCCUCAACAUGGAAGGUGGCGGCCUUGGUGACAUCCUAGGCCAGGGAAGCAGUGGCAACUCGAAGGGCACAGACCUGCUGGGCGGGCUGCUGCCACUGGGAGAUGAAGGGCUGGGCGGCCUGCUGGGCAGUGGUGGCAAAGGCAAAGGCACCGUCAAAGGCCUUCUGGAAGGCACUGGGCUCUCCAGUCUCCAGCAGCCACUGGACGAUGUGGUCGGCAAAGCCACAGACCUCAAGGAGUCUGCCAGGAAUGUGAUGAACAAAGCCCUGCCACCAGACGUCAGCGACGCCCUCACUAACAUGCUGGGAGGCCUGGACCUAGACGAGCUCCUGUUGGGACUGCAGGUUCAGGAAGUGACAGUGGAUAGCAUAAACUCCACCACAGCCAAGGAUGGGAUCCACGUCCUUGCCACCACGACCGCAGUCAUAGGCGGGAAAGGCCUUGCUGGACCCGUCAUCAGCCUGCUGGGAUUCCAUGUGUACUCGGACGUGACCCUGACUAUUGGCAUUUCCACCAACGACACCCAGUGUGUCAAUCUCCAGGUCCAGAGCCAAAACAUCCAGGUCAACAAAGUGACCAUUCAAGUUGUGGAAACGGUCACAGAUGUCUUGCCUGUGUCUUUGCCCCUGCCUCUGGACAGCCUAGUUGCUAAACUACUGUCAGUGGAAUUGAACAAGAACGCGGAAGAAGCAGAGUCCUGCGACAUUGUGCUCAGUGGUUUCAACGACUGCAAAAACUCUACUGGCCUGUUCCAGUACCAUGUGAAGAUGACCCGCUUCUCCCCCGAAGGUCUCUCGGUCUUCUACUGUGCGGAGUUCCUCUUUGGUAAGAAUGUGGGCCCUGUUCCUGGAAGACUCCUCCCGCCCCAUCCCAAGAACGCCAACAUUUCUCUGACCCUGUCCCACACACUGCUCGAUGCAAUGGAGACCCAUAUCACCAAGCAGAGCACCUUCCAGGCCAACAACCUGCAGGCGAGCAUCACCAAAAUGAGCCACAUAUACAAAAAUAAUGACACGGUCCAGGUCACCUACCGGAGCAGUAUAAAGAAGGACGGCGAGAGCUACGCCAGUGGGGAAUCGGUCUUAGUCAUCUGGUAUGACAGCAAGAUCUCAAAAGACAAGGUGACGACAGAGCUUAAACUUGUGAGAUCUGAUCACAGCGUGACACCACCUGAGAAGAAGGACGAGGUGCAAGAAGUGAUGACUGGACUUGAAAAGAAGUUAUGGUCUGUCCUUGUUGAAUCUUUGAAAAACUGGAAUGUACCAGCAGGAGCAACUUCCAACCCUCUAAACAACGCCAAGGUUAACGUGAUUCAAAUGCCCUGA